AUGUUGGUUAUCACCACUUUUGACACCGCCACGGUCUACAAAACGGAGAAAUCUCUAAGAGAAGCCAUCAAGGAAGCCAUGAAACUGGAGGGCCGUUUACUAAACACUUACUUGAUAAACAUGAUUCCGGAGAUGAUGAUCAGUUCUUCCGAUGGUCCUCGACCCAUUCCAGUGAUCGGAAUGGGAACCGCAACACUGACUGCCGGCAGUGAUGAGGUGAAAGCGGCAAUUCUUGAGGCCAUCAAGGUGGGUUAUCGCCACUUUGACACAGCCGCAUUCUACCAAACCGAAAAUUCUGUUGGGGAAGCCAUAAAAGAAGCUCUGAGACAGGGUCUCAUCAAGUCUAGAACCGAGCUUUUCAUUACCACCAAGCUGUGGUGUAACUCCGCCGAGCGCCACCUUGUUUUACCAGCCUUGAAGGAGAGUCUCCGGAAUUUGGGACUCGAGUACGUAGAUUUGUAUCUGAUACAUUGGCCGCUAAAGCUAAACCAAGAGCAGUACAAGUUACCCGUUCCAAAGGAGUGUGUAGCCGCGAUUGACAUCAAGGGUGUUUGGGAAGCAAUGGAGGAUUGCCAGGAUCUUAAACUCACGAAAUCCAUCGGUGUCAGCAACUUCUCUUGUCGAAGAAUUCAAGAAAUUCUUUCAUUCGCUAGAAUCCCUCCUUCUGUAAACCAGGUGGAGAUGAACCCACUUUGGCAGCAGAAUGAACUGAACCGAUUCUGCAAAGCGAAUUCCAUCCUUCUCACUGCUUACUCCCCUUUAGGUGGCUACGGCAAUCCUUGGGGACACAAUCGCGUCAUGGAAUCCGAUGUUCUCCAACAGAUUGCCAUGUCCAAAGGGAAGACAAUUGCUCAGGUUUCUCUAAGAUGGUUAUAUGAGCAAGGUGUUAGUUUUGUAGUAAAGAGUUUCAACAUGGAGAGAAUGAAGCAAAACCUUGACAUCUUCGACUGGUCGUUAAGUCAAGAAGAGCUGAACAAAAUCAGUCGUAUUCCUCAACGUAAAAAUCUUUAUUUAGUGGGCAUGAUGGUGAAAGAACAUAACGAUGUAAUGGAUGAGAUCGAUGCAGAGAUUUGA